AUGUCCGACGACGACUGGGAUGUCGAUGAUGUCGCGCCCGCCGCUGCCCCUGCUGUGGCUCUUCCUCCCAAGGUGUCUGCCAAGAAGUGGGCCGACGAGGACGCCGAUGACAAGAGUGACGAUGACUGGGACAAGUCUGAUGACGAGACGCCUGAGCCUAAGGCUGCGGCUGUGCCCCCGCCCAAGAAGAAGGGCACCCUCAAACAAAAGCUUGCCGAGAAGGAGAGGCUUGCCAAGGAAGCUAAAGCAAAGGGUGUCAGUGUCGACGAUGAUGAUCUGAUGGACCACUUGACCGAGCAGGACCGUCGGCGUCUGGCUCGUGAAAAGGAGCAAGAAGCUGAUUUGGCCGUCGCUUCCGACUUGAUGGGCGGUCUCGACGUCGGUGGCUCCAGCGACAACUUGAAGGCCGUCCUUAACUCUCGCCCUUCCACCAAGGACGACUUUACCAAGCUCUCCCAGCAAGUCUAUGCCGCCAUCCUCAAAAAGCACGAGACCAACCCCCUCUUUUCCCACUUUGUCGAGCAGCUCGCCAAAGACGCUUGUGCUCCCUUGACUGCCGUUCAGACUCGAAAGGUCUCUUCAGGCUUGGGUGUGUUGGGUAACACCAAGCAGCAGGAGGAGAGGGACAGCAAGGGAGGUAAGAAGAAGGCGUCGGCCAAGCCCAAGCUGGGGGCUGCGACCAAGACUGGAGGGAGGGAUGAUAUGGAGGCGUAUGAUGAUGUGCUGGCGGAUGAUGAUUUCAUGUAA